AUGAUUAGACGAUAUUAUCGAUUUAUGAUAUUGAAAAGUUUAUAUCCUAAAAUUUAUCUUGUUCCAACUAUAGAUAUUGAAAUAGUUUGGCAAACACAUCUUUUAAGACCUGGAAUAUAUCGAGAUGAUUGUCAUCAAUUAUUUAAUAAAAUAAUUGAUCAUUCAUUAUUAUUAAAUCAGAUUCAACAAUCUUUUUUUCAUACUUCUUAUUUAUAUGAAAAACAUUUUGAUGAAGAAUAUUGUUCAUUACCAUUAUAUAAAAAUGCUAAAACAACUUCAUCGAAAUAUAUUCAUCCUUAUUUUAAUAAAAUUCAAUAUUUAACUGAAACUUAUUCUUAUUGGGAUAAAACAUUGUUUCAAUUUUCGAAAUAUUCUCCUGAUGAUUAUGAAAAUCCAUUUUCAUUUCGAAGACAUGAUAUUAUUCUUGAUGGUAAAUGGAUUCAUUCAUGCCAAUAUUUUAUGGACGAUAUGCUUACGAUGGUACCCAAUGAUAUAUGGAGUUUUAAUGUAUUAAAUCCAAUAAAUUUAAAAUCAUCAGAAAUGAAACGAUUAAAAAAAUCUUAUGAAAGAUUUUUAUAUAUAAUAACAAAAUAUUCAAUAACUAAACAAUAUCAUUUCAUUCAUCCAACAUACGCAGUAAUACAAUUUUAA